ACAUUAUAGUGCGUAAUAAAAACUUGCUUUGUGGUUCAGACCGGUUUUUCAACUCCACGCCUCAGCCCCACCCAUGUACCCGUCCCUCCCCCCUCCUCCCUCUCCUCCUCUCCUCCCUCUCCUCCUCCAGAGAGCCGCCCUGCUGACCGUCGCUCCCCGUGACGCCUCUAACUGGAGUCAGAGUGUGCGGACACCGGCCACAUGCGCCCCUCACACCAGGUUCCUUUCCCUCUGUUCAGCGGCAGAUCGGGGGGGUGGGGUUGGGGGACUUGUUUUCCGCGUGUGGUGUUUGAGCACUGACUGAUGGAAACCUCGGCGUUUAAGCCAUCUCAGUGUGUGUACAGCAGUCCCUCUCCAGCCGAACAGCCGAUAGUAAGCGGGAGGCAGCAGGAGCGCACAGCCGGACCGGCACUAUCACCAUGAAGUUGGCGGUACUCUUCCUCUUCCUCCUUCUGUGGACGUCCUGCCCGCCGUCCCUCGCUAACAUCGCCGCUCCAAGUGAGUUUGUGUCCUUGGCGGAGAUGGAGGACGCACUGCUGAAGAACCUUUUCCAAGGCUACCAGCGCUGGGUCAGGCCAAUCCAGCGCGCUAACGACACUGUUAAAGUGCGAUUUGGACUCAAGAUCUCGCAGCUGGUCGACGUGGAUGAGAAGAACCAGCUCAUGACAACUAAUGUUUGGCUUUGUCAGGAGUGGAUCGAUUACAAGCUGCGAUGGAAUCCAGAGAAGUACGGAGGAAUCACCUCCAUUAGAGUUCCCUCUGAAAACAUCUGGCUCCCCGAUAUUGUCCUCUAUGAGAAUGCUGAUGGGCGGUUUGAAGGUUCCCUGAUGACCAAAGCCAUUGUCAAGUUCAACGGCACCAUCACCUGGACGCCACCUGCAAGUUACAAGUCUGCCUGCACCAUGGAUGUCACCUUCUUCCCUUUUGACCGCCAGAACUGCUCCAUGAAGUUUGGCUCCUGGACCUACGAUGGCAACAUGGUGGACCUGGUUCUGAUGGACAACCAGGUAGAUCGGAAGGACUUCUUUGAUAACGGGGAGUGGGAGAUCCUAAGUGCCACAGGUGCCAAAGGGAACCGGAAGGACGGCUUGUAUUCAUACCCCUUCAUCACGUAUUCCUUCAUUCUGAAGAGGCUACCGCUGUUCUACACACUCUUCCUCAUCAUACCUUGUUUGGGUUUGUCCUUUCUGACUGUCUUGGUGUUUUACCUUCCCUCGGACGAAGGAGAGAAGCUGUCACUGUCUACCUCUGUCCUUGUGUCGCUCACUGUGUUCCUCCUGGUCAUAGAGGAGAUCAUCCCCUCCUCCUCCAAGGUGAUCCCACUCAUUGGAGAGUACCUGCUUUUCAUCAUGAUCUUCGUCACGCUCUCCAUCAUUGUCACUGUCUUUGUCAUCAACGUCCACCACCGCUCCUCAGCCACCUACCACCCCAUGUCGCCAUGGGUUCGCAAUCUCUUCCUCCAGAAGCUGCCGAGGUUGCUCUGCAUGCGUGGACACAUCGACCGCUACCACUACCCGGAGCUGGCUCCUGAGAGCCCUGAGCUGAAGCCUCGCUCCGGAGGUCGGAGAGGAGAGCAGAGGAGCGGAGCCCACGGACAGGAGGGGAAGGAGGGCAAGGAGGACGAAGCCUGGGCGACCAUGUUGGAGAAGGCCAUCUAUUCAGUGCGGUACAUCAGCAGACACAUCCGCAAGGAGCACUUCAUCCGCGAGGUAGUACAAGACUGGAAGUUUGUGGCCCAAGUGUUAGACAGGAUCUUCCUGUGGGCGUUCCUCACUGUCUCAGUGCUGGGCACUAUCCUCAUCUUCACUCCAGCUCUGCAAAUGUUCUUGAAGAUCCCUCCUCCAACUGCAAGCGAGGAUCCACCCUCAAACUAACGGCAAUAACGUACCCCCUUUCACAGGCAACUGAAGAUUUCAAGAAUCUGUAGAAUAUUUGUUACCACUGAGCAAAGAGAAGCCCCAGCAGGUGCUUUUUAAAGGUGAACUUAGACUCUUUUAUUUUUAGUUAGUUUUCUUCUUGAUCUACUGUCUAAAAUGUUCUUUAUGUCAUUAAGUCAGUAUGUGUACAGUUUUGUUUAAUUUCAUUAUAGUUGUGUAAUGUUUUGUUCAUAGAUAAAUAAGAUAAACGUAGCAGAGCCUGUGUUGCACUGGAGCCUGUUAAUUGCCAAAGUCAUAAAGUUUUCUACACUGAGUGGCUUUAAGUAGCACACAGCUAAUAGUACACUAGAUUACACAUGCUGGUCAUGGUAGAAAGGUAUUUAAACUAAAAUUAAAUGAAACUUGGAAAAAAAAAGACAAAAAGGAGUAAAACAAACCUAACUUUCUUCAGCAUAAAUUUUAUGAUUGUCUUGAUUUAUGUACUUAGCUGACUUCCUCAUUAUUGUUUUAUGUUUCUAUUUGACAUUGUCUUUGAUUGUACUGUAUGUGGUGGAUUUGUUUUCUUGAACUGUGUCAUUCUUCCUCUGUCUGCAGAAUACAUUUCCUGUCAGGGAUAGUACAGUAAGUGUGUGCUGUUGAUUAUAAUCAACAGCACACAACCAGCUACAGCUCACAUUAUACAUAACUAUUCUCUCACAAAAAUAGGGACUAUCACAUACCUGAAGCACAAAAUACCUCUUACUGCAACUACCUUUAGUAGCAUAUUGUAAAACAAAUAAAUGACUUAAUCUCUCAACGUACCAUCAACAUUUUACUGCGUAACACAUUCAUGAUUGAUCAGAGGUUUACUUUGUGAUGUUGUGUCUGAACACCUUGUAUCUUUCAGUUAAAAAUAGUUUCCUUGUUUCUCAUCCUCCUCAAAUACAAAAUUUGCUAUAUUUUGAUCAAUAUUGGUAGAGAGUUCAUUCAUUCAUUCAAGUUACAUAACACAAAAGUGUAAUGAAUUAAUUAAAACUUUAUUGACAGUUAUUCUCUAAAUUACACAGUCCUCGAAAGUACAGAAUUUGUGUUGUUGAGAUGUACUUAAUAACACUAAUAAAGUUGAAUACACACUUC